AUGCAUGAGGAAGAAACUUUAAAAGCAUACUUGUAUAGAUACUGGGAAAUGUACAACGAGAUGGACGACAACUUUGAUGACGCCGCCAUCAGCAAUUUUAAAAGCGGUUUCCCCACCGGGCAUGGUUUGAGGAAAUCCUUGACUGGUAAGCCUGUCACUAGCGUUCGUCAUCUUAUGGACCGGAUUGACAAAUACAAAAGAGUGGAAGAGGACCAACUGCAAGGGAAAGGAAAGGAGAAGAUCAUCCCUCAAAAGAGGAAUGAUUUCAAGUCGGAACGAUACAACAAUAACCAUCAGAGGAGAGAUUUCAUAAGGCAAUUAGGAUUAGCCAACAUGCAGACGGUUAACACCGUAUUCAGAGAACCGAUGCACCAGGUUUUAGAGAAAGUCAAGAAUGAGUCAUUCUUCAAGUGGCCGAAUAAGAUGGCUGGAGACUCCACAAAGUGCAAUCAGAGUCUGUAUUGUCAGUACCACCAAGACCACGGAGAUACUACAGAAGACUGCAAGAACCUAUGGAACCAUUUAGAUCAGUCGGUCCGAGAAGGGAAAUUGAGACACCUUUUGCAUCCUUCCAGUGGUCAUCUAGGCCAGACAAACCAAGAACCCCGGAGAGACAUAUCUUUAAGACCUCCCAUGGGCAUGAUAAAUGUCAUCCUUGUUGCUCCGAGAAGGAUCGGCUCUUGUCCCUCUAGAGUAAUGUCUGUGGCUUGGCUCUCCACUGAGGACAACGAUCGGGAGUCCAAAAAAUCUAGGAAAGGAGCCUCAUCUGUGCUGGGAAUUCUCAGACGAGGAUAA